CUCCAAGAUGAUGCACGAAUCCCACCAAACUUCUAUGCAACUCCCUACCCUGGACAUCUCUCAACCCUUGCUACCAUCCAUGCUCUCCCCCCUCUCCGAAGCAUGCAGGGAAUGGGGCUUCUUCCACAUCACCAACCAUGGCAUCCCCAGAGACCUCUAUAACAGACUCCACGCGCUCUCCAACCAAGUCUUCAACAUCCCUUUAGAUACCAAACUUAGAAUAGGACCCUCGUCCAUCAUCAACACUUAUACUCCUCAUUUCAUAGCUUCCCCUUUCUUUGAAAGCCUCCGAGUUUCUGGUCCAAAUUACUUUGCCUCAGCGAAGGGGUCGGGUGAUCUCAUCUUUGAACCGCCUAAUGUUGAAUUCUGCAAUAUACUGCAAGAAUAUGGGGACAAGAUGGUCCAUUUAUCGAAGAGAAUAAUGGUGAUUGUCUUGAAGUGUUUAGGUGAUGGCUUCGAAACCAAGUACUAUGAAUCUGAAUUCAGUGCAUGUCAUGGAUAUUUAAGGAUAAACAACUACACACCACCUGAUGACAGCAGCUUAGAAGAGGUCGAAGGGCUCGGGAUGCACACAGACAUGAGCUGCAUAACAAUUUUAUAUCAAGACAUGAUUGGUGGACUUCAAGUAAGAUCGAAAGAAAGGGAAUGGAUGGACAUAAUGCCCAGUGAGGGGACGCUGGUGGUGAACAUUGGAGACCUGUUGCAAGCUUGGAGCAAUGGGUGUCUAAGAUCAUCGGAGCAUCGUGUCAUUUUGAAGCAGCCUGUCAACCGCUUUUCUCUGGCCUUCUUUUGGUGCUUCGAGGAUGAGAAGAUGGUAUCAGCACCUGAAGAUGUGGUGGGGGAAGCGAAGAGAAGGAUCUACAAACCAUUCAUUUGCCGAGAUUAUAUUAAAUUUCGGGAAAACAGUGUAGAAGGGAGGUUCGAUAAGGUCCAGUACACAGUGGACAACUUCGCCGCAGCCGAAAACGCAGAUUCUAAAGAGGCCGUGUUCAUAUGAUUCAUAUGUUUCUUGUAAACUAUUUGUAACACUAUAUGUUAAUAAUCUGAAGAUAUAUUGCUUGUUCUCAGUGAAGUUGUGGGGCUGUAUUACUGAAGUUGUUUGGAAUAAAUGGAUUGAAUUUGGCAA